AAGCCCUUUUUAUUCUCCAAGAUGGCCGUCCUGUCAGGUCUCAAGCUUGAUGGGCACUGUACCUUGGAACGUCAACAAGCGUGACUACGUUCUAGCUAGCCAGGGUGGCCAUGUGCAAGUUUUCUUUUGGGGACCCCCCCUGCCCUCCAACAGGAUCUACAGGUGACUAUUGGGUGGCUCGAACUUGGUAUCAACAGCCCAGUACCCGUACCGCGACGCGCAAGUGUGAUGUGUUGGACUCUCUCCCUUUGCUGGCACGGCUGGAUAUGACGGAAUCGUCGACAUGGAUAGGCGGGACUAGUUCGCCUCUUGACCCCACUAGCAAUGGUCGUGUUGUCUUGCCCUGUUUUCUAUGGACGAGACGGUCUCCACGUUCCGUCCGGCAGACCCCCAUAAGGCUCAUCCUCGUGGUUUGGGGUGAGGUGUUGUGCUUUGGUUUUCAAGAACUGGUGGAGUGUAAGAAAGCAGCGUCAGUUAUUUUCACGCCUAGUUUCGUCCAAGUCACAAAUAAGCAAGAGGAGAGGGUGAGGGCGGAUGUAGACAGUGUGCUCGACUCGAAGAGGUAUGUAUCGGUAGUCGUCCAGAUAUUCAUCUGCAACGCACGCACGGCACUCAACCCCGAGCCAACUUACCAAUAUCUGCACGAUCCUGCAAGUCAGAACCACAGAACCCGGGGUAACAAUGUCUCGGCCCGGGCUUCUUUUCUCGAACCCUUUGUGGGGUGUAGGAACGAUCACCGGCCCCCCCGGGAUGGAUGAAGAGACUUCAAGCUCACUCGACAGACUACCUAAUGAAGGUUGCGCCCCAACUCCCGGCGACGCUACCAAACAGCUGCGGGAGCCUCCGAGGCGGACGGUGAGAGG